AUGGCGGCAGAUAUGGCACAGUUUGUCCACAAAUUCCGAGCAAAUGGCGAUGUCUUCCAGAAUGGCCCAAGUAGCAAAGUCAUCAAGCGCAACCGUCAGCCUCUAUCCUGUCUUCCAUGCCGACAACGCAAGCUCAAAUGCUCUCGACAACAGCCAUGCGACACUUGCAUAAAGCGCGAGGAUGAGGCUUCGUGUUCGUACGCCAAGCCUGUCCAGAAGGGCGGCUCUAAACCAGAUGCCUCGAAGAGCAAAGCUCAAGAUCGACUACGGCAACUCGAAGAGCUUGUUAUGCAGAUGGUCGAUUCCAAUCAGACCCAGCAGCCAGGCGCUGCGUCUGUUCCAACACCAGUGUCUAAUACAUCGGACACUGAUGGCACACCACGAGAUGGCGUCUACACUCGCGGCGCAGACUCAACAAAGUACGUCGGAUCUACGCACUGGUCAGCUAUACUUGAGAAUAUCCAGGACUUGAAAGCAACCCUCGGUGGCGACAGUGACUCGCCUAAAGGACCAUUCCUCGACGAGGUCGACGAGGCAGAAAUCGAAGGCGAAAACCUCUUCGGUGCUCAACGUGCUAUACCUCUGCAGCAGAUUCUCGCGCAAUACCUCCCAUCACGACUCCAGAUCGAUCGCCUGCUGUCUGUAUACUUCAACGCAAAGUACAUGGUCAUUCCAUACAUCCAUACUCGUCAGUUUCAGCGGGAAUACGAGAAAUUCUGGCAAGACCCUCUCGCCACCUCCCCUCAUUGGAUGUCUGUCCUUUUCUCUAUCUGUUGCAUGGCCAGCAAACUUGCCUCCACUGGCCGACACGGUGGCCCUGUCAUCACCGACGACGGCGUCGCCAACCCUGUCGAACAAUUUACCAGCGCCUCCGCCCAGUGUCUUGUCCUGGGAGGCUUCAAGCCCCGGCCCUAUGUCAUCGAAGCUCUUGCCCUUUAUGCGCAGUGCAAGUACCUGCGGUCGCUGGACCCCUCGCGCGAGGUCGGACUCGUUUUCGCCAUCCUUGUUCGCCUCGCCUAUCGAAUGGCUUACCAUCGUGACGCAGACAACUUUCCAGGCAUUUCCGUUUUCGAAGGUGAAAUGCGCCGACGAGUAUGGGCCAUGACACGCCAAUUCGACCUCAUGUCUUCCUUCCAGCUUGGCCUGCCACCCAACGUCACGCAGGACUCCUGGGAUACCAAGCCCCCGCGGAAUUUGCUAGACAGCGACUUCGACGAACCGACCAAAGUCCUUCCUCCAUCUCGUCCCGAGAACGAGCCUACGCAGAUCCUCUACUUCAUCGUCAAGUCUCGGCUGAUGUCCAACUUUGCAAAGAUAUGCACACAUGCCCUUUCUUUCAAGAACAGCAACCAAUUUGAGAUUGCAGAGCUAGACCGUGACGUGCGCGAAACCUUCAACGGCGUCCCCGACACGUUGCGCAUACGCCCUCUGUCGCAAUCGUUCGCCGACCCACCAUAUCUGAUCAUGGUGCGCCUGAACUGCGAGUUUCUCUAUCAGAAAUCCCUGCUCGUGCUCCACAGGAAAUACAUGACACAGGGUUUUGAGUUCUCCACCAAAGCAUGCAUCGACUCCGCCACCUCCAUCGUGCGGUACUUUGCAGAUAUCCACAAAGAAUUCAAAGUUGGCGGUCAGCUGUAUCUGGACCGAUGGAUGCUAGGCUCCUUCACCAUGAACGACUACCUGCUAGCCGUGAUGAUUCUGUGCCUUGCAAUGAGCCAGUGGUGCAAGAAGAAUCCGGCAGCCAACAUCGACGACGACGAGGCAGCCAGAGAGUUGCUGGGGAUGCUGCGCACAAACUACCGCAUAUGCGCCGAAGAGGCCCGCUUCAGCGUCGAGGCACGUCGUGUGGCGGAAGCAGUGGGGGCCAUGCUCCGCCAGCUACACCCACGGGAGCCAUUACAGCCCAUCGCAGCUUUGGAAACUUCGCCCGCCAGUAACUCCGACUCACAAGCAGACUUCCCUGCGGCUUCCCACAGCAACAGUGAGGCAAUGACGAUGCCCUCCUCGACCGCAUCGUCCAGCGGCACCAAUCCCCCCAGCACCUCAGCCACCGGGCCCACCGACAUCUCAUUCACACCACUGUCCUUCUCAAACCGCGGCCUCGUGCCUCAGGCCUCCACCAUAACGCCCACAUCCCCACCGCAACCCCUCCCGCCCGUCUCCAGCACCCUCGACGCCACCAUGUCCAACACCCUCCCCACCUACCCAAUCCCCCCCCAUAACAACAACAACCCAACCCCCAACCCCUUCGAAACCUUCCUCGACGCCGACUUCUCCGUCAUCGACUGGACCAGCCUGGACCUCUUCCUCGUCAACGCCGACCGCGGCUUCAGCGCCGACACCGACUACGCCCCUCCCCUCAACAUGCCGCUGUCCGCCUACUUGAACCGGCAAUCCUCCUCCACCUCCUCGCCUUCGCAGCCCCCGUCCGCACCACAACAACCGUCCUCAACAACGUCAGCCACCCACCAAGCCCAUCCUCAGACUCAGAUCCCCCAACAACCCUCAGAACCGAAUCCCAACAUCGGCAUUCCCCCUCCCAGCGUGAAUGCAGACUGGUCUUCCGCACCCAUGCACUUUAUGGGCGCGGACCUGCACGGCGGCCAGGCUGUUGACGUUGACGUUGAUGCUACCGCAGCGCCGCGGACGCAGGCGCAGACGCAGCAGCAGCAGCAGCAAAAUGAGCAGGGAGAAGCUGGAGGACAACGCGCCAACGAAAGCACCCUCGCUGGGCUGACGACGCCCGCGGGUGGCGCGCAGAUGUGGUGGGGGAAGGUACAGGUCCCGAAUUGA